AUGUCUACUUGGGGGUGGCACAACUUCUCUUCACCGACAACCCCGAAUCAGACCUCUGUAGAUGAUUACACUGGGCUGAACUGGUGGACUCCACCGCUUAAUUUUUCUGGUGACGGACAGCUCGUCAAUUACGCACAGCCGAACCCUGCUGAGAACGAAAUAUCCACUUGGUUGAUCCAGAAUCCCCAGAGGCUGAACCUCGGAAACAUAGGACUUUGGUUUGGCGGUACAAAUGUUACCGAGGACCGCCUCGAGGACAAAUCACAAGUCCUGGAUCUGUGGACCGGGACAAUCUUCUCCAAUUUUACAUAUAAUGGAAGCAAGGUCACGGUUGAGGUCCGAGCAGCACCAGAUACUGACACUGUCGGUAUCAGUGUUGAAUCUGAUCUGCUCUCUGCUGGUUCUCUCGGCCUGUUCUUUGACUUCCCAUAUUCGGAUCGCAACAAGUUUGAUGCUCCUUUCGUAGGAGUCUGGAAUGCAACGAGCAAUCACUCGACAUCUCUGGAAACUGCAGGCAGCCGGGCCACCAUUAAACAUACGCUAGACGACAAUAGCUACUACUUGACGGCACAAUGGGAUGGCAACGGGAAGAUCACAGGACCAGAGGAUGGCACUCAUCGAUACUUUCUUACAAUUUCUGGAUCAGCAAAGCUGGAUAUGACCGCAAACUUCUCUCCAGAUGGAGCGGCAUCCCAGAAAUCUCUUGAAGAACUGGGUUUCGAGUCGAGAGCUUGGUGGGAGUCAUAUUGGAGCUCAGGGGCUUUCAUUGAUCUCACUUCUGUCGAUUCGGCAAAUGCAACCGAGCUACAGAGACGAAUUAUCCUGUCGCAGUACCUCCUGGCUGUCAAUUCGGCAUCCUCUUUCCCACCACAGGAAUCAGGACUCGUCAACAACGGAUGGUACGGCAAAUUCCACCUCGAAAUGAUCUUUUGGCAUCUCGUACACUUUGCCCGAUGGAACCACUUUGACCUGAUGUGGAGAAGCGUACCAAGUAUGUACGAUCAGUUUCUUCCUUCCUCAGUCGAGAGGGCCGCCGGGCAGGGCUACAAAGGCGCACGCUGGGGAAAGAUGACGGACCCGAGCGGGCGAAGCGCACCGGGAGAAAUCAACUCCCUAUUAAUUUGGCAGCAGCCUCAUCCUUUGUACUUUGCCGAGGUAGAAUACCGCUCCUUUCCCAACGACACGACUUUGGAGAGGUGGGAUGAGGUACUCACAGCAUCGGCUGACUUCAUGGCCUCUUUCCCUUGGUUUGAUAACUCAACCGGCGUAUACAACCUUGGGCCGCCGAUGUACCCUGUUUCGGAAAACACAAACCCGAAUGUAACAAUCAACCCGACUUUCGAAUUGGCGUACUGGCGAUUUGGACUUGAUAUUGCUAUCAAGUGGAAGGAGCGUCAAGGACAGUCCGUUCCCGAGGACUGGGUUACCGUUAGGGACAAGCUUGCGCCUUUGCCUGUGGUGGACGAUACAUAUCCUGUGUACGAAGGCAUCCCAAAUAUGUGGAGCGAUAAUGCAACUACAAACGAUCAUCCAGCAAUGGCUGGAAUCUACGGCUGGCUGCCGCCUCCGAUGAGCGGGCCUAGUUUGAACCUGACCAUCGUCCAGAACACGGCCGACAAGAUUCUAGAGCUCUGGGACUUAGAAGAGUCAUAUGGAUGGGAUUUCUCCCUGUUGGCCAUGAACUCACUGAGGCUGGGCGAUGUGAACCAGGCCGUUGCCUACCUCCUCCAUCCCGUCUUCCAGUUCGACGACGCAGGAUAUCCAGUAGGAGGGUCUCGUGUUCCAACGCCGUACUUUCCUAAUGCGGCAUCUCUGCUGCUUGCAACGUCUAUGAUGGGAGGCGGUUGGGGUGAAGAGCCGGGCCCGCAUUUCCCGGAGGACUGGGAUGUUACGGUCGAGGGGUUCACUCCUGGAUUAUAG